AUGCUGAGACUGCGCACUCUCUCGGAACUUCGCUGCUCUCCUCGUGUACGAACGAACAGCUUCCGUGGUCUCCAGUCACUAGCUUCUUCAACUCGUCAAAAUACCUCACCACUUUUCUCUGCGGGUUUCAGGCCCCAAUUGAAACCCCCGUUAUCAACAGCUAAACACCCGCAAUCGAGAAUCAUAGCUACCUCGGCUUCAAAUAAUCCCAUUCCACCCCAGCGCAGUAAACUCGCAAGAUUCGUCAUUAAGACAUGCGCAUACACGGGCUUUGCAAGCCUCGCGGUAACGGGACUUAUAGUGGCUUUCUUCGUCUACGAUGCCAGCACAUAUAAAGACCAGUCAGAGACGUACGACCUCAGUGUAUCGGAACUAGCAUUGAACCCAAGGAAGGGUGGACCAAAGAAUUUACCGAUUGCAGAAAUAUUGCUUGAUGAUGAAGAUGGCGCCGAAAUGCAAAAACAGAAAGAUAAACCUAAGCUUGUAGUUCUUGGCUGUGGUUGGGGUUCGGUAGCUCUGCUUAAGAACAUUAAUCCGGACAACUACCAUAUUACCGUUGUCUCGCCGAGUAAUUAUUUCCUCUACACACCUCUCCUCCCCAGUGCUACUGUGGGGACACUGGAAGUACGUUCACUAGUAGAACCAAUAAGAAGAAUUACAAGUAGGAUUCGGGGCCACUUCCUCAAAGCCAAGGCAGAAUCUGUCGACUUUUCGGAGAAACUUGUGGAGGUAUCACAGACGCUACCAGAUGGGGAGGAGAGGAGGUUCUAUUUGCCAUAUGAUAAGCUAGUGAUUGGUGUUGGAUCACAAACAAGAACUCAUGGAGUCGAAGGCCUUGAGCAUGUUGAAUAUCUUAAAGAUAUUAACGAUGCUAGAAAGAUCAGGAGUAGGGUUAUCGAGUGCUUUGAGAGAGCAUGCCUUCCCAGCACUACGGACGAGGAGCGAAGGAAUCUGCUAUCCUUUGUGGUCUGUGGGGGCGGACCAACUGGUGUUGAGUUCGCUGCAGAGCUGUUUGAUAUGCUCAACGAAGACCUUACACUAAUGUAUCCUAAAAUUCUUAGGAAUGAAGUCUCUGUUCACGUUGUUCAAUCGCGCUCCCAUAUACUCAACACCUACGAUGAAGCUCUCUCUCGUUACGCAGAGGAACGUUUUGCCCGUGACCAAGUAGACGUCCUCACCAAUGCCCGCGUUUCCAAGAUUGAAAAAGAUAAAGUAAUAUUUACACAGCGCGAUCCCAAAACCAACAAAAUCGUAACAAAGUCACUCCCGUUUGGAAUGUGUCUCUGGUCUACUGGCGUUGCCCAAACAGACUUCGCCGAACAUAUCGCAUCGCAGAUUGAAGCACAGAAAAACAAACACGCCCUCGAGACAGACAGUCAUCUCCGCCUACUUGGGACUCCAUUGGGGGAUGUUUACGCGAUUGGCGAUUGUAGUACAGUUCAAAACAAUAUUGCAGCUCAUCUUACAGACUUUUUGAAACAAAUUGCAUGGGAGCGUGGAAAGGAUCCAGAAAAAAUGGAUUUGGACUUUGGAAUGUGGAGAAGUGUGGCAACGAGGGUGAGAAAGAAGUUUCCACAGGCGACAGAUCAUUUAAGGAGAUUGGACAGGCUAUUUGAGGAGUAUGAUAAAGAUAAGAGUGGAACUCUUGAUUUCCACGAGCUGAAGGAACUAUUGCAACAAAUUGAUAGUAAACUUACUUCACUACCAGCUACAGCACAAAGAGCACAUCAACAAGGACAAUAUCUCGCCCGAAAGUUCAAUAAAUUUGCCCAGGCUGCUCCUGGGCUAGAAUUAAACAAUAUUAUUAACGGAGAUUUGGAUGAAACCACAUACAAGGGUUUUGAAUACAAGCAUCUAGGAAACCUUGCUUAUAUUGGAAACGCAGCUGUGUUUGAUCUUAACGGAUGGAGCAUUGGAGGUGGGCUUAUCUUUGUUUACCUCUGGAGAUUUGAUGAAUUUCUAAACAAGCGACUUCUCUUGAAGGAUGUAAACUUAUUUUAUGAUGGUAGCGGGAGUUGGUAG